AUGGCCGUCUCCUGCUGCUUCGGGGCCCGGCUCCAGCCCGGCCGCCGCCUUCCUGUCGGGGCGCCGCUGCUUCGCGUCGCUCUCUACCUCCUGUGCUGGGCCCCGGCGGCUGUGGGCGCCGUCCCAGAGCUCGGGCUCUGGGCAGCGACGGUCAACGACGUAAGUGGAGUGUGGAGACCGAGGCGUGGCGCGUCUCGGGCCCUCCGGGUCCUCGCGGAGCUCGCUCCGACCCCCGGGCCCGGCCCCGGACUUGUUCUGGUCUUGCCGGGCCUGCUCCGGCUCGUUAAGUCAUUCAGUUGUUCUGGGCCUGUGAAGUUUACCAUAGAGUGGCAUUUGAAGCAUUAUACCUGUCAAAAUGAAUAUUCUAAUCUGGAGGAGCUAUCACAAAAACAGGAUCCUGGUGUUGAUGAAGACUUUUGUGGCCAUUAUUUCAAGAACACUGAAUGUUGGACAACAAAAUAUGAAAACUUAGAUUGCAACAGUGACUUACAGGUGUUUCCCUCACUGACUAAUAAGGAACUAAUUACAAAUACCAGAAAUGUUUCAAACCAGGAAAGAUCAACAGAUGUUGUAGCCAGAACACAGAGAGAUGGGUUUCAUAUCUUUAUUGUUUCUAUUAAAACGGAAAAAAGAGAUGCAAGAUGGAAUUUGAAUGUUUCUCUUUCUAUGAUUGGGCCUCAUGGAUAUAUUUCUGCAUCAGAUUGGCCUCUGAUGAUUUUUUACAUGGUGAUGUGUAUCAUUUAUAUUUUAUAUGGCGUACUGUGGCUGAUGUGGUCUGCCUGUUAUUGGAAAGAUAUAUUAAGAAUCCAGUUUUGGAUUGCCGCUGUUAUUUUCCUGGGAAUGCUUGAAAAAGCAGUUUUUUAUUCCGAAUAUCAAAACAUCAGCAGCACUGGGCUAUCAACCCAAGGUUUAUUGAUAUUUGCGGAGUUGAUAUCUGCGGUUAAGAGGACAUUGGCUCGCCUCCUUGUGAUCAUUGUGAGCUUGGGCUAUGGCAUUGUGAAGCCCCGUUUAGGAACAGUCAUGCACCGGGUGGUCGGACUGGGGAUUCUUUACUUUAUCUUCGCAGCUAUUGAAGGCGUGAUGAGAGUUAUUGGGGGUUCUAACCAUUUAGCUGUUAUUUUUGGUGACAUUAUUUUGGCAGUUAUUGACUCCAUUUUUAUAUGGUUUAUAUUUAUAAGUUUGGCACAAACCAUGAAGACUCUAAGGCUAAGAAAGAACACAGUGAAAUUUUCUUUAUACAGGCACUUUACAAAUACUCUGAUCUUUGCUGUACUUGCUUCUAUAGUGUUUAUGGUGUGGACAACCAAGACAUUUAGAAUUGCAAAAUGUCAAUCAGAUUGGAUGGAACGCUGGGUUGAUGAUGCAUUUUGGAGCUUCCUUUUUUCACUUAUCCUUAUCGUAAUAAUGUUUUUGUGGAGACCAUCAGCAAACAAUCAGAGAUAUGCCUUCAUGCCGUUAAUUGAUGAUUCUGAUGAUGAAAUUGAAGAAUUUAUGGUACCAUCUGAAAAUUUAACUGAAGGAAUAAAAUUAAGAGUCUCAAAAACGGUUUCCAAUGGAACAGCUAAACCUGCUACUUCUGAUAAUUUUGAUGAAGAUUUGAAGUGGGUGGAAGAAAAUAUUCCCUCUUCAUUCACAGAUGUAGCUCUUCCAGUGUUAGUGGAUUCAGAUGAGGAAAUCAUGACCAGAUCUGAAAUGGCAGAAAAAAUGUUCUCGUCAGAAAAGAUAAUGUGAUUGGAACCCAUAGAACUGAAACUUAGUUAACGGUGAAGGACUUCCUCAAGACUGAAAGAGAGCUUUGUUUUGAUAUAGUGCAACAAGGUUUUAUUGCAUUAUCUUGGAAAUCUGUGUAUUACAACUAAGAA